AUGGAGUCUCCCUCUGUCACCCAGGCUGGAGUGCAAUGGCACGAUCUCGGUUCACUGCAACCUCCACCUCCCCGGUUCAAGCAAUUCUCCUGCCUCAGCCUCCCGAGUAGCUGGGAUUACAGGCGCCUGCCACCACAGUUGGCUAAUUUUUGUAUUUUUAGUAGACAUGGGGUUUCACCAUGUUGGUCAGGCUGGUCUCGAACUCCUCACCUCAGGCGAUCCGCCCGCCUCGGCCUCCCAAAGUUGGAUUACAGGCGUGAGCCACCGCGCCCGGCCGCCUAAUCACAUUUUCAAGACAGCUGUGGCUACUUGGGACUCUCAUCAGCGGCUCCCGACAAAUUUUUAAAGAUCAGUUACUGUGAAAAUUUAUAUUAAACUAAGACCAGACUCUGCAAAGAAAAUAAAACUAUGUAAUUCCAAGGCUACAUAUUUUCAAAGGAAUUUAAUUCUGUCCUCUGAAUGCAAUUAAGUAGUCUCUCUCUCUAUUUGAGGAAGAGAGAAAGGAAGAAGGGAUGAUUCUCAAUUCUCAGUAGGAACCGGUAACCAUACCUGCUGUUCUGCCAAGUCUUCGCCGAUUCUCUGAUUUCUUAGUGCUCAGGGAGUAUGCUUGAAACUUAUGCCUUCCUCCCAUGUUAGAUAAGCAGAAAGUUUGCUCUAGUUAUGAUAAAUCUGCACAACGCGGAGAUGUUUUUGGCACAAAGUGUACGUUAGUUAGAUGAUGAUGAUCAAGCUCCCCCCAACCCCCGCCCCAUCCUCGCGGCCGGGGAGUGUGUUUUGCCUGUAUUUAAGAAAUACCCUUCAGCUGCAGGCGUGUGCGCGCUUAGGCUGUUGUCGGCGUUUCUGAGUCUCCAAGGCAGGGUGACUUGGGUCGGCUGAGUGUCACCCGCAGAUGUGACUGUUCUUUCCCUCGCGGGCGCGACAGCCUCCUUCCUCUCCAGCCCGGGGCCCGCGGCCCAGACCAGGGGAAGGGGAAGGAAGCCCUCGCCGCAAGCCGGCGUCUGGGCCGGCACAAAACGCGCCGCCACCAGAAAAACUUUUUUCCCCCAGCUGCGCGCAACUUUUGGCCUUUUCUCCCAGCACGUUCUCGUCCCAGGUUUCUGUCCCCUGGGUUUUCCUCCGCCUCACUCGCCUUCUCCCCAGCGGCGCGCGGAGGAGCUGGGCUGAGAGGGGCGCGGGGAGCCGGGUCGGCCGCGGCUGGGACGCCGAGGAAGGGGCAGGGGCAGGGGAGGAGGGGGCGUGCGGGGCUGGGGAGGAGGAACUGGUCAAAGGGGACAGAGACGCCCGAGUGCCCGAAAAGGAAAGAGCUGCCGCGGUUUGCUGCAGUCGGAAUAAAGUUCGCGCCCUUUCCUCGGCGUUUCGCAGCCUCCUCUCCUUGCUCCGCUCCCCACCCCCGCCCCGCAAUUUUUGUGUGUGUGUGUGUCUGUGUGUGUGUGACAGCUGGGCGCUAGCGGCCACCUCCACCUCCACGCCCGCAGUUCCCGGGGGGGGGGGGGGCGCCAGGGUUGUUUUUCCAUCCCCACAAAGUUGUUUUUUCCAUCCCCAGAAAGAGAGCAAGAAAAACCCAAACAACAAACAAAAAGCCCCCAAACAAGUCACAGGGUGAGGGGGAGGGAGAAACAUACAGCCUCCUUCCCCAAGCCCCUGGACCUCUGAGGACAAACAACACAACGAACCAACCGACUUUUAUUUUGCAAAAGGGAAGCAACAUUGUAGUCACGACAAUUCUGCAGAGAGAGGAAAAACUUGUGGGGCUUGCGCGGCCGCCGAGGUCACCUCGCCCGCCGGUCCCCCGCCUCCCGCGAGCAGGGCAGCCCCCUCCCGGGACAGGCCGUUCCUUUUUUUUUUUUUUUUUUUCGUCCCGAGGAGAAGCCGGGGAACCGUGCCGGCUGGGACUCGGGGCGCGAGCGCGACCCCGGCGCGAGUGUAAAUCAGUCACCUGAGCGCAGAGGGGCCGCGGCGAGGGCGCGCGCGGGCGGGCGGGGAGGCGGAGGCGGCGAGAGCGGCGGCCCGGAGGAACUCGGUGGGGGAGGGAGAGAAAGGCCGAGACGGAGGGAGCCAGCGGCGGCCGAGGGGCUGGUCCAGGCGCGGCCGCUAAGAGGAGACCAAGAGGCGGGGGCUGCACUUGACAACCAGCAUGCCGAGAUGGCACACCUUGGGCCCACCCCACCUCCACAUAGCCUUAAUUACAAAUCAGAGGACAGGCUUAGUGAGCAAGACUGGCCAGCAUAUUUCAAGGUCCCAUGUUGUGGGGUUGAUACAUCUCAAAUUGAGUCAGAAGAGGCAGAAGUGGAUGUGAGAGAAAGAGAGACACAGAGAGACAGAGAGCCAAAGAGGGCAAGAGACUUGACUUUAAGAGACUCCUGUACUGACAACUCCAUGCAGUUCGGAACCAGAACGACUACGGCUGAACCAGGGUUCAUGGGGACAUGGCAAAACGCUGAUACUAACCUCUUAUUCAGAAUGUCCCAACAGGCCAUCCGUUGCACACUGGUAAACUGCACAUGUGAAUGUUUUCAGCCAGGGAAGAUUAACCUGAGGACUUGCGAUCAGUGUAAACAUGGCUGGGUGGCACAUGCCUUGGAUAAGCUCAGCACGCAGCACCUGUACCACCCCACCCAAGUGGAGAUUGUGCAGUCCAACGUCGUGUUUGACAUCAGCAGCCUGAUGCUCUAUGGGACACAAGCAGUGCCUGUGCGGCUAAAGAUCCUGCUGGACCGUCUCUUCAGCGUCCUGAAGCAAGAGGAGGUACUGCACAUAUUGCACGGCCUUGGCUGGACUCUGCGGGACUAUGUCCGAGGAUACAUCCUUCAGGAUGCUGCUGGCAAGGUGCUGGACCGCUGGGCCAUCAUGUCUCGAGAAGAGGAAAUCAUCACCCUUCAGCAGUUUCUGCGGUUUGGAGAAACCAAAUCCAUUGUGGAGCUGAUGGCAAUUCAGGAGAAAGAAGGGCAGGCUGUGGCUGUACCAUCUUCAAAGACAGACUCAGAUAUAAGGACUUUCAUUGAGAGCAAUAAUCGCACCAGGAGUCCCAGCCUCCUUGCUCACUUAGAGAACAGCAAUCCUUCCAGCAUUCAUCACUUCGAAAACAUCCCAAACAGCCUUGCAUUUCUGCUUCCAUUCCAGUACAUAAACCCUGUCUCAGCACCACUGCUAGGGUUGCCUCCAAAUGGGCUACUGUUAGAGCAACCAGGGUUGAGGCUGCGGGAACCCAGCCUUUCAACUCAGAAUGAAUAUAAUGAGAGCAGCGAAUCCGAAGUUUCUCCCACACCUUAUAAGAAUGAUCAAACACCCAACAGAAAUGCCCUGACCAGCAUUACUAAUGUGGAGCCUAAAACCGAGCCAGCCUGUGUCUCUCCCAUUCAGAAUUCUGCCCCAGUCAGUGAUCUAACCAAAACUGAACACCCAAAAAGCUCAUUCCGGAUUCAUCGGAUGAGAAGGAUGGGGUCAGCCUCUAGGAAAGGAAGAGUGUUCUGUAAUGCAUGUGGGAAGACAUUCUAUGACAAAGGUACUCUCAAAAUUCAUUACAAUGCUGUUCACCUGAAGAUCAAACAUCGAUGCACCAUUGAAGGUUGCAACAUGGUCUUUAGCUCCCUCCGAAGUCGUAAUCGCCACAGUGCAAACCCCAAUCCUCGCCUUCACAUGCCUAUGCUAAGGAAUAACCGAGAUAAAGAUUUAAUUCGGGCCACCUCAGGAGCUGCCACCCCUGUCAUAGCAAGUACAAAAUCAAAUCUGGCACUCACAAGUCCUGGCCGCCCCCCAAUGGGUUUUACCACUCCCCCUCUAGACCCUGUCUUGCAAAAUCCUCUCCCUAGCCAGCUGGUAUUUUCUGGGCUAAAGACUGUACAACCAGUUCCUCCAUUUUAUAGAAGUUUACUUACUCCAGGGGAAAUGGUGAGUCCUCCAACCUCCCUCCCAACCAGUCCCAUCAUUCCAACCAGUGGUACCUUAGAGCAGCACCCCCCGCCACCCUCUGAGCCAGUAGUGCCAGCAGUGAUGAUGGCCACCCAUGAGCCCAGUGCUGACCUGGCACCCAAGAAAAAGCCCAGGAAGUCAAGCAUGCCUGUGAAGAUUGAGAAGGAAAUUAUUGAUACCGCCGAUGAAUUUGAUGAUGAAGAUGAUGACCCCAAUGAUGGUGGAGCUGUGGUCAGUGACAUGAGCCAUGACAAUCAUUGUCACUCCCAAGAGGAGAUGAGCCCAGGCAUGUCUGUGAAGGACUUUUCUAAGCAUAACAGGACCCGGUGCAUUUCAAGGACUGAAAUAAGGAGGGCCGACAGCAUGACUUCUGAAGACCAAGAGCCUGAGCGGGACUAUGAGAACGAGUCUGAGUCUUCGGAGCCCAAACUGGGUGAGGAAUCCAUGGAAGGGGACGAGCACAUUCACAGUGAAGUGAGUGAAAAAGUCCUGAUGAAUAGUGAGAGGCCUGAUGAGAACCACAGUGAGCCCUCUCACCAGGACGUCAUCAAGGUAAAGGAAGAAUUUACAGACCCCACUUACGACAUGUUUUACAUGAGCCAGUAUGGACUGUACAAUGGUGGGGGUGCCAGCAUGGCCGCCUUGCAUGAGAGCUUUACAUCGUCUCUGAAUUAUGGCAGCCCUCAAAAGUUCUCCCCAGAAGGUGACCUGUGUUCUAGCCCAGACCCCAAAAUCUGUUAUGUGUGCAAGAAGAGUUUCAAAAGCUCCUACAGUGUGAAACUUCACUACAGGAACGUUCACUUGAAAGAGAUGCACGUCUGCACAGUGGCUGGUUGCAAUGCUGCAUUCCCCUCUCGCCGAAGCCGAGACAGACACAGUGCCAACAUAAACCUACAUCGUAAACUGUUGACCAAAGAACUCGAUGACAUGGGCCUGGACUCAUCGCAGCCCUCCCUUAGCAAGGACCUCCGCGAUGAAUUUUUGGUGAAGAUCUAUGGUGCCCAGCACCCCAUGGGGUUCGAUGUCAGGGAAGACGCCUCCUCUCCUGCAGGGACUGAAGACUCCCACCUGAACGGGUAUGGGAGAGGCAUGGCGGAGGACUACAUGGUCCUUGACUUGAGCACCACCUCCAGCCUCCAGUCCAGCAGCAGCAUCCAUUCCUCCAGAGAAUCCGACGCAGGCAGCGAUGAGGGGAUUCUUCUCGAUGACAUUGACGGGGCGAGUGACAGUGGGGAGUCGGCACACAAGGCUGAGGCCCCUGCCCUCCCUGGCAGCCUAGGGGCUGAAGUUUCGGGAUCUCUUAUGUUCAGCAGCUUGUCUGGGAGCAAUGGUGGGAUCAUGUGCAACAUUUGCCACAAAAUGUACAGCAACAAGGGGACCCUGAGAGUGCACUACAAAACUGUGCAUUUGAGAGAAAUGCACAAGUGCAAAGUCCCAGGUUGCAAUAUGAUGUUUUCCUCUGUACGAAGCCGAAAUCGGCACAGUCAGAACCCUAAUCUCCACAAAAACAUUCCCUUCACUUCAGUAGAUUAGUCUCAGAAUGGACACUACAAAUGCCAGCUCUCACCAGAUGGCCUACGUGUUUGAACUGCCAUAGUCAGUGUGCGCUUAUGUACUUGGUGUGUGUGUGUGUGUGUGUGUGUGUGUAUGUGCAUUUAUGUAUGCUCUGUGGCUACAUAUACACACGUAUUUCUUUGAGAUAAACAAGAUAAACACUAGGUGCUUUUGAAUUUUUUUCACUUCCCUUUAUAGUUUUGGGAAAGGAGUGGGAUCUUUGAUUUAAGGGUGAAAACAGAGUACCCCUUUAAACACACACACACACACACACACACACACACACAGUGUGCAACUAGCCCCAGUUUUGACAGAAUAAUUCUUGGUCUUCCCCAAAGAGACAAUUUGUUGUACCCAUGACUGUUGCCUGCAAAAAUAAAAGGGAAAAAAAAGAAAAAAGAAACAAAAAGGAACUUCUUAUAGUUGUCUUUUGUGAACUUUAAGGUUUUGAAAGAAUCUUCAAUUAAAGCAUGGCAGAUUCACCUGUAAAUAUUUAGCCUUGAGGGGCCAUUGAUGUAAAACAAUUGUAUUGAUGGUUGUUUAACUUUUUUGUUUAAUUUUUACAGUUACAUCCAGCUGUUAGAUAUGCAGGAAAAGAUAGUUUGCUGGCUAGCUCUAUUCAUUUAUGUUAGCAUUAAUGCACAUUUAAAAAAAAAAAAAAACCAUGGUCUUGUUUUUACUACCUGUUAGAUAUAGUGAUAAAGAGGUGCUGGCAUGCUUUACAGCACAGAUCUGAUUUUUUAAAAUGUCCUGUACUAGUACAUAAAUCCCGUCAUGCACUUUUUUUCAUACACUACAAGGGGAUGUGUAAUAACCAUGCUUCUUUUUUAUCCUUAAACUAUUGCCAUACUUCAGUAAGUGUCUUUUUUAAAAAAAAUUCACUUGUAUAAAAAUGGUCUGGUCAGUAUAGGGCACAAAUGCCAAACAAAGUAUUAGUGUUAACACAAAACUGCCAACUUUGCACAAGUUUCCAGAAAAGAAAAUACAAUUAGUCACUCAACAUAACCACAGGCCAAUUUGUUGGCCACCAGAAAACCGCUUUUUAAAAAAACACUUGGUGAUUCUUUCAAGUGCCGAAUGUUAUUAGAAUCAACAUUGCAUCUUUCUUGCUUAUACGUUAAGUUACAUAAAAGGAAAACAAAAUUAUGUGGUGUGAAACAGCCAAGGCAUUUAUUCUUCAGAGGCAGGAUAAUAUUUCAGGAUACAAAAGCCCAAAUUACCCGCUACGGAACAAAGAUGAAUACAGUAAAAGAGUUGAACACUCAUUUCCAAGGCCCUAACGCUUAUCCUUUAAAAAGAAAUCCUCUGAACUGGGUCGGUCUGUUGUAUGGCUGUCUAAUUUGUUGCAAAUUCUGCAGUCGUACUAUAAUUCGGGCCUGUUUGGUAGACAAAAUCAAAAGGCAUUUAACAGCAGCAGUACUUGGAAGCUUUGAAAACAUGUGCUAAACUUGAAUGGAGCAACACUCCUUUCUGAAAAGCCAGAAGAAGGGGGUUUUAAAGUAGGAUCUCUCAAUGUUUAGUGUUUUGUGUUUCCCCACACGAUUUGUCAGAGAGAAAUGAAAGCAAGCCUGAAACCAAGCAAUUGAGAGUGAGAAAGAGAAGAGAGACUAUUCUCCAAACCUUUUUUGUUUUGUUUUGUUUCCGAUGUUUACACAUGUUGCCUGAGCUGGUUAACCACAUCGGCAGCCUCAGCUACCACAACAUACUGACUAAAUGAUGAUAUUUACUCAAGUUCAGUCUGCAGCCAAAACCAUUAGGGUGUGCAUUGCAGACUGUUUUGUUGUCUUUUUAUUUUUCCUUUUUUUUUAAGUGGAGGGGAAAAGAAGAGAUAAACAAGGAAAAUUUUGUCAAACAGUACACAAUAAAGAGAAUGUAUUUCUUUUUUGCAUUUAAUGGCCUCAGACAUUUCUCUCAUCAGUCUAAAAGUUAGAAAUAUCCCUUUGUUUUAACUUUUAUGUCGUUUCCAUUUUUCAUGUUUUUGUGAUUAUUUUUUCUAUGUUCACAUCAGCAUUCACUUCCGUUAAAUUUGCCAAAGGAAACUGUUAAUAUGUUUCUGUUGUUAUUAUUAUUCCUGUAGGAUUUAUUGUACCUCACAGUAUUUAUUGUUUCCCAAAAUAAGCAUCAUUAGUUGGGGAUUCAGUAUUUUUAUUUGUGAAAAUUUCAGAAACAAUAGAUUCUUAAAGAUAAGCUAGCUAUGUCUAGGAGCUUUAUCUUUUCACCUCCUUCAGAGGAUGCUAUGGGGUCCAUUUUAAUUCUUCGUUUGUUCUACAGGGAGGAAAGACCAAAAGUAUCUGCAGUACAAAAGAAACUAUAUCAAACACUAUGUUAAAUGACGAGUGUUUAUGGUAAAAAGCUGAGGAAUUAGUAAUAACCGUUUUUGUUUUCUUGUACUUUGAAUUCCCCAAAGUCUUAAUUGCUUUAUUUUGGUGUUGUGUUAAAUUGAACAGACAGAGAUGUUUUCCUUUGUUUUAUACCAUAUAAGACUCUGUACAGUAUGUUUGUGAAAGAUUGAACUAGAAUAAUGAAAGUUUGUUUGCAAACAUUUUGGUCCUCUCAGCGUUCUCUGUAUUGUGCUGUUGCCCCAUUACCAAAUGAUUAGAUUCAAAAAGGGUGGGAAAAGAUUUUUAAUAUCCCAACAAAACAUUAUAGAAACUCUGGCUUUUGUAGUGUGCAUAGACUACAUGUAGUUUUAUGAAAAUAAAUACACAUUUUUAUUUCAGCAACUUUGAAAAGUUACACUCAGUUGAGUUACUAGAACUCAUCUUGUACAACAGCAAUGUUUAGUUUGUUUAAUUUAAUGUCAAACAAAAGGUCAGAUAGCCCUCGUGAGUGAAUUACAUAGCUGUCGGCAGGUACAUGCACCAAGCUUAGAACAAAUGUUUGUUACUUGCUGCAAACCAAGCUAAUGUGUAUAGCCAGUUAGAAAAAGUCCAGAAGUAAUGAGAUUCUAGAAGUAGAGUUUCCCUUGCUUGGAAACAUGAAUGUGUUCACUUGUGUUUUGUCAGAGAAAUGGCAAUAAGUCCUGGACAGCUGACACUUUUUAAGUAUCUCCCCUAUUUGCUACUACUUUUGUGCCUCAAGUGCCCAGUCGUUAUGGUGGCCUUCUAAAUGAGUAAAUAACAUUUUCCAAUAUAAAGCCUAUUUGCUUAAAAGGGACGGGGGAGUGGAUGGAUGUAGUACAUGCAAUGGAAAAUCAUAAAAUGUACAAUUCUUCUGUUCCCAAAGUAUUGCUCAUUCUUGAGUGUGUGGCUGAGUGUUAUGUUUUGACUUAACUAGAAUUCUAGUUAAGAUGGUGAUCCCACGGCUUAUUUGCAAACAGGAAGGAUAAAGAGAUCAGCAUUUUAGUCAUUGAGCUCUUCAUCUUUGCCCAUUCCAACUCAUUUGCUUUUUCAUAGGAGUUUUUUGUUGUUACACAGUUUCUCUCAAGCCGCAUGCAUUCUAUGCUGGCUGAAAAUCAAUAGUGAUGUAGAUGUUCAUCCAACAAGCUUUUUCCCAUGUGAUUGGUUUUAGCCAGAGUUUAUCACAGGUACAAAAUUAGGCGGUAUGACUGUGCAUGUUCUCUAGCUGAUGUUGAAACUUACUGUCUUGAUCAUUUAAAACUAUGUUUUUGUAAAUAUCAGGUUUAGUGCGCUUUCGGGAAUAUCUGCAUGCUAUGGAAAGAGAGAGAAAAAGGAUAGAUAAUAAGUAAUUUGGUUUAAAAGUGUGAUAAAAAUCCUUGGCAUUCUUUGUUCUGAUAUUAAUUGUAUUUAAAUAAGUCAACCCAAUGUAACUCAUUCCAGAUCUUAGUCCAGCUGCCCUGUUCAGCCUGAUGCCUUUUAAAGGUUUAAAGGUUUAAAGGUGUUAAUGUUUUCCUUUUCAACAUGGCAAACAUUUUUUAAAACCUUUUUGGCACAAUGGUGCCACUGUCCUCAUAGUGUUAUUUCUUUGGUCAUGAAUUUUCAGGCCCUUCCAGUAAGAGGAGAAAGGCACUUAACUGGUACUGGUUAACAGCCCCAUUAGUAUACAUUGCUCUAAGGAAAAAAAAAAAAAAGAAAAAAAACUUUGAAUAUAUCAAGAAUGAGCUGUUCCAGAGGCAUUCUCCUCAUUUUACUCAGGAGAAACUAUGCACUAGGUUCCCACCAAAUACAAUGUGACCUUUUUUUCCCCUUUCUCUGUACACACCCCAGAUGUGUGCCAAGCAAAUGAGAAUGAGGGCCGUUGACAAUGAAAACAUAAAGAAGCUAGUCACCAGAUUGAGAUGGACAUGCUGCUAACUGCUGACAGCUUGACCUGAGCAGUCCUAACUUGUAUCUGGUCUGUUAGCAUUGGGUUAGAUUGACUAACAGAGUAAAUAAAAUUCAACUGUCAUAAGACACGCUACAUCUGCUAUCAUCAAGAAACAAAUCAUCCAGAAGAAACUUUUUUUCAUCCUGUGGUCACACCCUUUUCUUAAGAGCUUCUUUUUUAAAAUUAUGACAAAUGAAUUUCAUUCUUUAAAAUCACUUACCUUCUCCCAAACUUGAAAUAUUUAAAUUAGGUUGUUUUGCUUUUCCCUCUCAUUGUUUAUUUUUUUUGGGAUGGAUCUAAAUGAGUAAGAUGAGCAAUAAAAGGUACCAAAAAGACUGGAGGGAUCACAAUGUUUUCAUCAGAACUAAGUAGAGGGUCGGUUCCUGCCCUGGUUUUGGGGUAGCUAGAAAAGGAAAUCGUGAAUGUGCUGGAAAUGUUGGCUCGAGAGAAAAGACUGGCAUAGCUCUGCCUCGCAGUGGGUGAGAGCGUAUUGAUACUAGGGACCUGCAGAGUUCCCAUGACCAGGUGAGUCGGCUCUGAGGAAGGGGUUAGGAAAGCAAGGACAGCUGCAUGGAAUAGCUGAAGUUCCUUUGGGGUCAGGAAGAGCCAACAAUUGUGGGGUAUGGUUGCUUUUGCUUUGUUUUUGAGUGGGAAGUCUUGCUGGAAUCCCCUGAGAACCAAAAGAUGCCAGGGGUCAGCGAGGCUAUAGAAAAGGCCAGUGGUAACACCUCGUUUUCAUCCUAACAGAGGAGUAGGUGCGAAUGGCACCAGCAUGGAUCGUUCCUUUCUUGAUCAUUACUCGUGCUUGCCACUGUAGCAACACAACAAAGCCAUGAUUGUGAUUAAUACUAGGCUAAAGACCUUGAUCAAAAUGGGAGCUCAUUUACUGUUCUAUGAGGUAUAUAAGUAACUUCUCUUCAUAUUUUCCCUCAGAGAUAAACCACGUGUGGUAGUCUUGUUUGCGUUAGUACUAAGGUCAUGUUUGAUCUGUCCCAGGUGAGUCACAUAUUUCCUGUAGCUGGAGUGUUGCUCACCAUAAAUGGUCAUUUUCAAACAGUAUUAUGUAAAUCCAGCUGUACGACUGACCAGUGAGUUAUCUGUCAUCACUGUUGCCCACAUACCCGUCCUUCCUUGUGUAGUUUCAUCAUCCUCAUCCUUCCCACAUCUUGCGCAAAAUGAUUUUCUGUGGUCAUUCGGCAAUAACUGUAUGUCACAUACUGUCUUUUUGGCAUUUGUUGAAAAAUCCAAAUGCUUAAUAACAGAAGGUUAAAAAAAAACUAAGCGUUUUUACAUGUACACUGAAUUGGAUCAGUAUUAUUGUUCAUUAUAAUGCUAUAUAUAUUUUUUGGAGCAACAUACUAUAGUUGUCAUAAAACUAUCUUUAUUCUUCUCCUCUAAAGUGUUGUUGUAAAUUCAUUUGACCUUUACUGCAGGAAAAAAAAAUCUUUUAUAUAGGGUAUGAAGACAAGGCUCAGUUUGUAACAAAUAGUGGACCAUUACAAAAGAGGAAAGAAAAAAGCCAGGGCUGAGCAGCAAGAAGCUUCAGUUCAAUUUCACCUCAUAUCUUUCUAAUAACGUACUUGUCACUUUAUUACCUUCCAGUAAUGUGAAUGCUGCUGACAAGACUGUCACACUAACAGCAGACAACACCCUCUCUGCUUCAGCCCAGCUCUCCUGGCUACUUAUUGCCCUGGCCCUGAAGGGACACAAACUAAUAGUGUGCUUUCCAGUUCAGCACUUGGCCAUCAAAUAUAAAAGGAUGCGUAAUUGCCUGUUUAUCCCCUUGUGAAGGAGAAAUUGACUACAAGGGCUAGGCUUUCCCAUAGAGUUCCCUGAUGUACACACACAUCCACAAUCAGUCAGUCUCUCUCUCUCUCUCUCUCUCUCUCUCUCUCUCUCUCUCCCUCUCUCUCCUCUCUCUCUCCUUCCCUCUUGUUCUCCCGUCCUAACAUACAAGCACAUACACACACCUACUGUGUCUGUGGGAAGCCAAAGGCUGCCUCUCGAUGCCCUCUCCAGCUAUUAAGUGGACAGUAACAAGAUGACUUCUUAAAUAAAGAGUCAGUAGAGAGACGCUGUCUGUGACAGCAUCCUUUGCUUCUUUGAAAACUUAAGUGUUACAAUUCCAUUUUGAGAGUAAUGGGUGUGGCCCUAUAAUUAGAGCAAAUUUUCCUGCAAAUCAGUGGCAUAAGUAAGAUUAUAUUGCCCCCUAAUCUGUAGGGAAAAGAUUAAAAUAUUUUUCUUCCCCUUCAAAAAGUGCACAUGUUGUAAACUGGUUAUGCACAGUGGUAAUUUUUUUUUCUUAUCCUUGGCAUCAAACCAUGGAUCUAGAUGUACAAAUGUAUCUUUCAAUGACCCCUCCAAAUCCAUAGUGUAACAUGAUUAACUUUUGUCAAACUGGACUGACAAUCUAAAAAAGAUGGCAUCAGGCUUUUGACUUUAAUCAUUAAAACAAGGACCACCCUAUGAGUAAAAGGUAAAUUCUCCACUUUGAAGAACUUUGGUAAGUGCAAGUACAGGGAGCUUUAGAAAAUUGAGUGAUGGGGACCAAAAGUACAAAGGAAGAAUACGUGAAAAUGUUAUAUUCCAAAAUGCCUUGAGCCCAAAGAUUGGCUGCUAUUUUUGUAUAUUGAAAUACUCAAAUGAUGGUUGGAAAGUGACUAGUUAGUGACUAAAUGAAGUGCAAGAUCUAUCAAGCGUCUUUCUGGAACUAGGGGAUGCCAUGCCUCCUUCCAGCCUUCCCGCAGCACAUCUCAGAGAAGAUAGUUGGUCCCAUUACAAACAGUCACAUUUCAGUAAGAUAUUAGCCAGGUAAGACACGUGCAGGUAUUGGUAUCAUCUUCCAUGUGAACUUUAGCAAGGAGAUAACAGCAGCAGAUUUAGGGAUAGACAAUGUAACAGGUCUAUGUUGACAAAUCUGCUAAAUAAUUUCAUGAACCAGUCUGGGGACCGGGAAAAAAAGCACUUUGAGCAAGGACUCUUGGGUUAGAGCAAAGGCAAUUAGUUGACAUGAUACUUCUUAAGUUCCUCAGUAUGUAUAUGUUACAAUCGUUUAUCAGACAUCUUAAUAGAAUCCUAAUUGAAAAACCAGUUGCCAAAAUUGCACAAGUUCUGCUCACCGAUACUAGCUUUCUCCCCUUAACUCUAAAAUAACAGGGAUGCUUAAGGAUGUUUGUAAUAGUUUUUUUAAUGCUUUGUUUCACUUUUUUAAAAAAGAAUCUUUGAAGGGAGGGAAGAGCAGACAGAGGUAUUUUAAGAAAAAUGGAGAGAAGUAGAUAGUAUUGAAAGUAUAUUUCUUGAAGAGAGAGUAUCUAAGUGCUAUACCAAGAUUUUAUAAGGCUUCCUGUUGCCAAAUGUGAUGUUGAGAUAAUGCACGGCUAAGAUGGCAAAUCCAUCAAUUAUUAACUGGCUCUGCCCACUUCUGUCAUGGAAUGCAAGGAUUGAGAGGUGACUCUGGGGAGACCCUGGGUGUGUGAGAGAGCUCCAUUCAUCUGGCCCUGGAUAUGUUUCUCAAAAGAGAGGGAGAAAGUGCCAGUCCCUGCAAGGUGAACUGACCUGGCACGGUUUCAGUGGGAGCCUCACUGCCUGCCUUUUCCAUGCUAGGAGACAAAGCAUCCUCUACCCCAUCUGUGAAUCGGUGCUGUGGCCACUGCGAGAAGUAUGAUUCAUGAGGUAUGAUGCUCUUGAGCUCCCAGACAAUGUGCUGAGUUAAUAGGUUCACUUCAGAUGUAUAAACCAAGGCUGUUUCUUUUUUUAAAUCUAGUCCCCAAUUUGGAGUAUUUUUGCAUGUUUUCGUACAGAGUAAUCCAUUCCUCUCAUUGUGUAUCUUAAUCUCCUCUGACUUUUCUGACUUUUCUGACUUUUCCAUUGUCUUUCUCAAUCCCACCCUUUGCUCUUCGGAUCUCACCAACCCCCCUUAAAAAAAAAAUCGUGUUUGAGCAAGAAGGUAGAACACGCCCUCCCUCAUCCUGGUUAUAAUCGCUUUGGAAACAUGUGUUCUACGCUGUCCAGGGUUUACAUAACGUGAAUUAAGUGAAUGAGAUGUUCUAGUAUUAUAUCUUAACCUGAUAAGACUAUCUAAGAUUUCUAGUAUAUGGUGCAUUUGCUUUCCUGUGCAAACUUUGGUUCAGCUGCCCUGCAGAGAAUCUUACCAUUUUCCUGCCAGUGCCAGUAUAAAGAAUGCAGGAGAGCUAAACAUGGGUACAUGAAGGUCAGAGGGGUGAGGACGGUCGAGAAAUGGGGAGAAGACUUGGGCUUGAGACAACCUGGGCUUUUCAUGUGUAGCUCACUCAGCAGUAUGAGGGUGACUGACACACCAGUGGGUGGUUUCCAAAUGAGGCAAAUGCCCAUUUCCCCGCUCCCCUCACACUCUGCCUGGCUUCUUCCAUGAAGUCCUUGCUGCUUUUCUGCCUCCCCAAAGGUGAGGGGAAGGGGCUGGUUGGGGAUCUGGGAAAGCCAGUUCUCUGUUCUCUCCUGCUGGUGAUGGACUAGGUCUUUUAGAACUAGCAAGAUCCCUCACACAGCUGGGAGAACACAUACCUUUCUUACUCCAGACCCAUUGGUGUGUCUCCAGUAACAAAAUUAUUGGACUCAGCCUUCAUAUUUGACAGCAAAAGUGGCCAAAGGGAACUGAAAUAUCUUGAAGAAAAGGAAUUUUCACCAAGAUAUGUCCUCUCCCUCUCCCAGAGUUUAGCUGUUUAUUCUUUUUUUUUGUUUAUAUUGUUCUCAUCUGCAUAAAACCAGUCUCUUCCAAUAAGCCUGCCGCAGAAUCAAAGUCUGUACUACAAAAGGUAACUGCACCAAGGGAUGGGACAGUUUGCAUCACCCUGAUCUAAUCAUUGUGACGUUGGUAGCUUCCUAAAUACUGUAUGUACCUUGAACAAGGGUUUUAUUUUUGUUUUGUUCUGUUUUUCUUUUUGUUUUUAUUGGUAGUCUAAGGUAAUUAAAUUUUUUAAUUUGCUAUUACUUUGGUUGUAUUUUCUGUACUAUAACUGCCUACAGUAUGUCUUUUGCAUAAAAUGCAUAAGGGUUUGGGGAUGUAAAUGGAAUUUUAUUCAUAUUUUGUCCAAAUACCUCUUGUAAUUUGUAUCAAAAUUCUUGUACAAUUUUUAUAUUAAAGAUUUAUCAGUCACUGA